GGGCCGUGCCCGUUGCGCGGCUCCGAGCCCGUCCCCAGGGCGGGGGUGGCUGCGGGCAGAGGAGCCGCCGCGGCUGGCAGCCCCCUGGGCCCGAUGCCACCUUGCUGCCGCUCGGGCGGCGUGGCACCUGCUGUCCGUGCCCGCGGCGGCUGCCAGCCGGAACCGGGCACGCACCGCGGGAGGGGGAGCCUGGAGGUGCCCGCAGCCUGCCCUGCCCCUGCCGUGGCCCGGGGGCUGGGAUCGCGUGGCAGUGCCAGGCUGGGCAGGGCAGCCGCGGCCGGGGGCUCCUUCGCUUCCCCUCCCCCAGCGGUGCCCCCGUGCCAGCCGUGCCCCCGUGCCAGCCGUGCCUGCUGCUGCCUUUCAGAACGAGAGGACCAGGGGCCAGAUCGAGGAGCUGCUGCGGGCAGGGCAGGUGCAGGAGCUGCGGGCACGACUGUGCCAACGCCUCAGCUUUGGCACGGCAGGGCUGCGGGCACCCAUGGGGGCAGGCUUCAGCCGCAUCAACGACCUCACCAUCAUCCAGGCCACCCAGGGCACUUACAGGUACCUGGAGAAGAGGUGCCCAGGCCUGAGGCUCAGAGGCUUCGUGAUUGGCUACGACACCAGGGGGCAGGAGGCCUCUGCCUGCUCCAGCCUCAGGCUGGCACAGCGGGCAGCAGCAGUGCUGCUGGCCAAGGAGGUUCCUGUCUACCUCUUCUCCACCUAUGUGCCCACUCCCUUCGUGCCCUACGCAGUGCUGCAGCUGGGGGCCGCCGGGGGGGCCAUGAUCACAGCCUCGCACAACAGGAAGGAGGACAACGGCUACAAGCUGUACGGGGCGGGGGGCGCGCAGCUGCCGCGGGCGCAGGAGCAGGAGGUGCUGAGCUGCAUGGAGCAGAGCCUGGAGCCCUGGGCCGGCUCCUGGGACCUGCAGCUGGCCGAGAGCAGCUCCCUGCGCCGGGACCCCCUGGGCGCCGUCUGCGCCUCCUACCUGCGCGACCUCGCCAAGCUCUGCUGCCACCGGGAGCUGAACCAGCGGUGCCCUCUGCUGGCACAGCAGGAGCAGAGGCUGGCAGUGCCCUCGGGAGGGCAGGGCCGGUGCCAGCUGUGCGUGUGCCCUGCAGGGAGCUGAACCAGCGGUGCCAGCUGCGCUUCGUGCACAGCUCCUUCCACGGCGUUGGGCACCACUACGUGCAGGAGGCCUUCAGGGCCUUCGGCUUUGUGCCACCCAUCCCUGUGCCCGAGCAGCAGUGCCCAGACCCCAACUUCUCCACCCUCAGCUGCCCCAACCCCGAGGAGGGAGAGGCUGUGCUGGAGCUGUCUCUGCGGCUGGCAGAGCAGGAGGGUGCCAGGGUGGUGCUGGCCACGGACCCUGAUGCGGACAGGCUGGCGGUGGCAGAGCGGCAGCAGGAUGCCAGCUGGAAGGUGUUCUCGGGCAACGAGUUGGCAGCGCUCUUUGGCUGGUGGCUCUUCUCCUGCUGGCAGCAGAGGGCACCCCCUGGUGCCAGCCGUGCCAACCUCUACAUGUUGGCAACCACUGUCUCCUCCAAGAUCCUCAGGGCCAUUGCCCAGCAGGAAGGCUUCCAGUUCGAGGAGACGCUGCCAGGCUUCAAGUGGGUUGGCAACAGGGCACAGGAGCUGCUGGGCAUGGGCAUGGAGGUGCUCUUUGCCUUCGAGGAGUCCAUUGGGUUCAUGUGUGGCACCUCGGUGCUGGACAAGGACGGGGUCAGUGCUGCUGUGGUGCUGGCAGAGAUGGCAUCGUUCCUGCAUGCCCAGGGGCUCAGCCUGGCACAGAAGCUGUCUCAGAUCUAUGACAGGUACGGGUACCACCUGUCCAGGACCUGCUACUUCCUGUGCCAGCCUGGCACCGCCGAGGGCAUCUUCGAGCGGCUGCGCAACUUUGGCGGCCCAGGAAGGUACCCAGGGCACUGCUCAGCCUUUGCCAUCCUGCACCUCAGGGACCUGGCACGGGGCUACGACAGCAGCCAGCCCGGGGGCAAGGCGGCGCUGCCAGGCGGCAGCCAGCUGCUGACCUUCACCUUCGGGAACGGGGCCGAGGCCUCCCUGCGCCGCAGUGGCACCGAGCCCAAGCUCAAGCUCUACGCCGAGCUCUGCGCCAGGCCCGGGCACAGUGCCCGGAGCCAGCUGGAGGCUGAGCUGCAGCAGCUGCUGGAGGCUUUGGUGGAGGAGUUCCUGCAGCCUGCCCAGAAUGGCCUCGCCUGGCACCCGGCCUAGGGCCCCUGGUGCCAGAGGAGCCCUGGGCACAGCCCUGCCUGCCCACCCCUGUGUGUCUGUCUGAGAGGGCAGAGCUCUGCCCUGGGCUGCGGUGCCAGGGCAGGAGGAGGAGGAGGAAACUCUUCAGCAGCUCUUUGCUUCCUGCCCACCCUGAGGGCACCGAUGGCACUGCCAGCACUGCCAGCUAUGCCACCACUGCCAGUGCACUGCCACAGCCCUGCCAGCACUGCUGCAGCACUGCCAGCACUGCCAGCUAUGCCAGCACUGCCACUGCACUGCCACCACUGCCAGCUAUGCCAGCACUGCCGGUGCACUGCUGCAGCACUGCCCCCACUGCUAGCAGUGGCAGAGCAGUGCCAGGCGGUGGGGGGGGCAGUGGGUUUGCUGCGCCUCAGCUGCCCCCUGCCUGCUCUGCCCACUGGCUCCCGGAGGUGCCCAGCACCUGGGGCACCUACAGUGCUCUCUGCCCAGCAGCCUGGGCAGCUUCAAUGCACUCCAUGCCUGGCACCGUGGGCACCCUCAAUGUCCUCUGUGCCUGGCACCUUCAUUGCACUCCAUGCCCGGCACCAUGGCAGCUUCAGUGCUGUCUGUGCCUGGCACCCUGGGCACCACCAGUGCCCUCUGCAGCUCUGUGCCCAACUCUUGCUGACGUUGAGGUGUUCCAGUAAUAAAGCAGUCUCCUGGCACCCA